AUGGCAAUGGCUCAAGCCAACACAGCGACUUUGGUGGCUGCGACCAAAUUGAUCGCUAGCCUUGGUCGAGGCAAUCCUUUUCAGUCAAACAUCAACCAACAUGGAGACGUCUUUUCUCUACCAGGGCCAUCAGGUUCGGCCAAGGACAAUUUAGAAGCAGAAUUAUUAGCAUUGACAUCAAGAGUACGAUACCUAGAACAAAGGGCUGAUGUUGUUUCAAAAUCUAUGCCCGAUACUCCUGGUGAAGUCUAUCAGCCAUCGUCUCCGCUCUCGAAACCAGUCGACCAGCGAAGCAAUUCUUCCAUCGCGUCUACAGACUCCAAUGGAAGUCGUUCUGAACGCGGACAAGGAGGCUCGGCUGAUUCCAGACGGAUACACAGCUUGUUGGCAGCAAGAAACGCACAGCUUCGCUCUGAGGGCGAGCGCAGCGUUAGUGAAGAUGACAUAACUUUGCUCCGCGAGCACAUAACUAGUCAAGCCGACCAGAUUCGAGCCCAAAAGAAACUCAUCGAUGAAAUACAUACUGGUCUACGAAAGUCCGAAAUGCAAGCUGCCGAAGCUUUUCAGAGAGUUGAAAGGGAAGAGGUCGGUGGGCUGGAAAGAGAACUCAGGAAGCACAUACAAGCCAACGAGGCUUUUCAAAAAGCUCUACGUGAGAUAGGCGAAGUCAUAACACGUGUUGCGAACGGUGAUCUUUCUUCCCGCGUCCAGAUUCAGGCUACCGAGCUUGACCACGAGAUAGUCAACUUCAAACACACUAUCAACAAGAUGAUGGACCAACUCGAAACUUUUGGCAGCGAAGUCACCCGUGUGGCUCGAGAGGUGGGCACCGACGGAGUUCUAGGUGGUCAGGCACAAAUCGAAGGAGUUCGUGGCAUAUGGAAAGAGCUCACAGACAACGUCAACAUAAUGGCCAAGAACCUUACCGAUCAAGUCCGAGAGAUUGCUCUUGUUACCAAAGCCGUUGCAGAUGGUGACUUGAGUAAGAAAGUACAGGGUCGCGCCAGGGGUGAAAUAUUCGAGCUGCAACUAACCAUCAAUACCAUGGUGGACCAAUUAAAUACCUUUGCCGCUGAGGUCACACGCGUAGCGAGGGAUGUUGGUACAGAAGGUGUUCUCGGCGGACAGGCCAGGAUAGAGGGAGUACAAGGCACUUGGAAUGAAUUAACUAAUAGUGUCAAUGCCAUGGCCGACAACCUUACUACCCAGGUCCGAGAUAUUGCGGCCGUCACAACUGCUGUUGCCAAAGGCGAUCUGACAAGGAAAGUUACCGCCAACUGCAAGGGUGAAAUUCUCGAGCUAAAAAGCACUAUCAACAACAUGGUGGAUCAGCUUCGACAAUUUGCUCAAGAAGUCACCAAAAUCGCUAAGGAAGUAGGAACCGAUGGUAUUCUUGGUGGUCAAGCCACAGUGCACGAUGUCGAAGGCACCUGGAGGGAUCUGACUGAGAACGUGAACGGUAUGGCUAAUAAUCUGACCACCCAAGUACGCGAGAUUGCAGCAGUGACAACGGCGGUUGCAAACGGAGACCUGUCCAAAAAGGUCGGGGCAGAUGUUCAGGGUGAGAUCCUGGACCUCAAGUUAACAAUCAAUUCCAUGGUUGAUCGUCUCAACACUUUCGCGUUCGAGGUCAGCAAAGUCGCACGUGAAGUCGGCACCGAUGGUACUCUUGGUGGCCAGGCUGAGGUUGAGAACGUCCAAGGCAAAUGGAGAGAGCUCACAGACAACGUGAAUGUCAUGGCCAAUAAUUUAACUGGCCAGGUACGAAACAUCUCUGCCGUCACACAGGCCAUCGCAGCUGGAAAUUUGGACCGCAAGAUCACUGUCUCAGCACAAGGAGAGAUACUGACUCUGAAAAAUACCAUCAAUGACAUGGUCGAUCGAUUGGCUACGUUCGCCUCAGAACUGCGAAGGGUAGCUAGGGAUGUAGGCGUCAAUGGUAUCAUGGGCGGCCAGGCCAACGUUCAAGACGUCAGCGGACGGUGGAAAGAAAUCACGGAAGACGUCAACACCAUGGCAGAAAACCUGACAGGACAGGUCCGUGCAUUUGGCGAGAUCACUGACGCUGCUACCGAGGGCGACUUCUCGAAAUUGAUCAGCGUCAAUGCAUCUGGCGAAAUGGAUGAAUUAAAGCGCAAGAUCAAUCAAAUGGUGUCCAACUUGAGAGAUAGCAUACAAAGGAACACUGCAGCACGGGAAGCUGCAGAGCUUGCGAAUCGCACCAAGUCAGAAUUCCUGGCAAACAUGUCACACGAGAUUCGAACGCCAAUGAACGGCAUCAUUGGUCUGACACAGUUGACGUUGGAUGCUGACGACCUCAAACCACACCCCAGAGAGAUGCUGAAUACAGUUCACAACCUGGCAAAUAGCUUGCUGACAAUCAUUGACGAUAUCCUAGACAUCUCUAAGAUCGAGGCAAACAGAAUGGCUAUUGAGGCUAUACCGUUUACGGUCCGUGGAACAAUAUUCAAUGCUCUGAAGUCCUUGGCUGUCAAAGCUCAUGAGAAAAGCCUCACAUUAGGAUUUGAGGUCGACAAUUCGGUUCCUGACUACGUUGUUGGUGAUCCUUUCCGACUGAGGCAAAUUAUCCUGAAUCUUGUCGGCAAUGCAAUCAAAUUCACAGACCAGGGCGAGGUCAGAGUCAUUAUCAAGAAGUCGAAAGAACUCGUUGGAAACUGUGCAAAGGACGAGUUUCCCUUCGAGUUCGUGGUGUCAGAUACUGGUAUAGGCAUCCAGAGCGACAAGCUCGAUCUGAUAUUUGACACGUUCCAACAAGCCGAUGGCUCAACCACACGAAAAUUCGGAGGCACAGGACUUGGUCUAUCAAUAUCAAAGCGAUUAGUGAACCUCAUGGGCGGUCAGGUAUGGGUCACCUCAGACUACGGACACGGCAGUGCCUUCCACUUCUCGUGCAUAGUCAAAUAUGCUACCGAAGAUAUCAGCGUCAUCAGCUCGCAGCUAUAUCCGUUCCGCAAGUACAAGGUACUGUUCGUGGACAAGGGAGCAACUGAUUUUGGCACAUAUCUACCAAAGAUGACAGAGGAGCUAGGACUCGAAAUUUCCUCGGUAGAGGAUGAAGACAACAUACCAGAACCCGUGAGAACGAUUAGACGUGGUAAGAACGGCGAUUUUGGGUACGAUGUGAUAAUCGUUGACAGUCUGGACAUUGCAAGAAGGCUACGCCAGCACGACAAGUUCAAGUAUAUACCCAUGGUCUACCUCAACCCAAUGGUGGCAAUCAGCCUGAAGACAGUACUGGAACUGGGCAUAGCCUCAUAUAUGACCACACCAUGCAGACUCAUCGAUCUCGGCAAUGCGAUGAUCCCUGCGCUUGAAGGACGAUCCACACCUGCCAUCAAAGACUACAAGAAAUCCUUCAAUGUACUAUUGGCCGAAGACAACGAAGUCAACCAGAAGGUAGCGAUCAAAAUCCUCGAAAAGUACAACCAUCAGGUGACCGUGGUCGAGAAUGGUCUUGAAGCAUUCAGAGCUGUUCAAAAGAAUCGAUUCGACGUAGUGUUGAUGGAUGUUCAGAUGCCUGUGAUGGGCGGCUUUGAGGCUACCAGGGAGAUCAGACAAUACGAAAAAGAACAAGGAGUUGCACGAACUCCAAUCAUCGCUUUGACAGCUCACGCCAUGCUGGGUGAUCGGGAGAAGUGUAUACAAGCGCAAAUGGACGAAUACCUAUCCAAACCACUGAAACAAAACUUGCUCAUGCAGACCAUUCUACGAGUGGCCUCGGACGGUGUGCUGAAAACUACUGUAGAUGGACAAAGCAAAGGGCACACCAGAAACAAGUCUCUGGCAAGCGCACAAGGCAUAGUUGUCACAGAGCCCAAACAAGCACCCGCUGGACCUAGCACCACAAGCCUCAGCAACCGGCCUCAUCUCAACGAAAGAGCUUUGACUACGUCAGGACCCGUCAAUCAUGGGAGUGCUGAGUCACCAUCAGUUAGCAUGGAUAGUGAAUCGAAUCCAAUGGAUCAUCACGGAGCGGUACGACUCGAAGCAAGAUACUUACAGCGAUCGCUGACAUGA